CGACAGAGCACCCGCACGGCCGCACGCUGCACCCGCAGCUUGGCGACCGCCUCAUCUCCACGUCUGGCCUCGUCCUCCUCAUCUUCGAGUCGCGGCACCGCGACCGCCAUGCCCCCGCCGCUCAAGGGCGUGCGCGUGCUCGAUCUCACUCGAGUCCUCGCAGGUCCCUAUGCCACCAUGAUGCUCGCCGACUUGGGCGCCGAGGUCAUCAAGGUCGAGCACCCAGAAAAGGGAGACGACACUCGCUCGUGGAUCCCGCCAAGCGCACCGCUCAUCGAGAUGCCGCCGACACCGCCUCCGUCACCCUCGCUCGACGGCGAGCCUGCUCUGCGCGUCGACGACUGGAACUCGCUUCCGCCCGAGUCGGCCUACUUCCUCCAGGUGAACCGCGGAAAGAGGAGUGUCGGGCUUGACUUCAAGAAGGAGGAGGGCAAGGAGAUCCUGCGAGAGCUCGUCAAGCGCGCCGACGUCCUGGUCGAGAACUAUGUCCCAGGCAAACUCGCCGAGAUGGGCUUUGGGUACGAAGCGUGUCGCGAGCUCAACUCGAAGCUCGUCUACGCGUCCGUGUCGGGUUACGGCCAGUCGGGCCCCUACUCGCGCAACCCGGGCUACGACGUCAACAUCGAGGCCGAGGCGGGCCUGAUGCACAUCACGGGCGAGGCGAACGGGCCGCCGGUCAAGGUCGGCGUCGCCAUCACGGACCUGACGACGGGCCUGUACGCCAAGUCGGCCAUCCUCGCCGGCCUGCUGUCGCGCGCCCAGACGGGCGAAGGCAUGCACAUCGACGUCAACCUGUUCGAGUCGCAGAUCGCGUCGCUCGCCAACAUUGCGAGCAACUACCUGAUUGCUGGGCAGGAGGCGACUCGGCAAGGGACGGCGCACCCGAGCAUCGUACCCUACCAGGUCUUCCCGACCCAGGACGGCUUUGUCAUGAUCGGCGCUGGCAACGACGGCCAGUUCAAGAAGCUGUCGACGCUCCUCGCGCGCGACGAGUGGGCGACGUCGCCCUCGUUCAGCACCAACAGCCAACGGGUCGCGAACCGGUCGACGCUCGUGCCCCUGAUCGAGGACGCGCUCGGCGCGCACCCGACGGCGCACUGGCUCGAGCGGUUCAAGGGCGGCGGGUUCCCGUUCGCGCCCGUCAACGACAUCAAGGGCACGUUUGAGCACCCGCAGACGGUCGCGAGGGACAUGGUGCGCGAGGUGGACCACCCGAGGGCGGGCAAGAUCAAGCUCGUCGCGCCCGCCGUCCAGUACAACGGCCACCGCAUGGAGUUCACGCGCCCGCCGCCGGUCCUCAAGCAGCACUCGGUCGAGGUCCUGCGCGAGCUUGGCUACUCGGACCGCCGCAUCGCCGAGCUGCAGCACAAGCGCGUCAUCUAGACACUCGAGUAGCUGAAACGAGCAACGACAGCAUCUGUCGAGCUGGU